AUGACCACUGCCCAGCGUGCGCGCCCUCAUGAAAUGGUCUCCUCCGCGCAAGUCCUCGAUCGCAUACCCCUCCAAAGCGCCCCCUCCGUCGUGUCGCGACCCUCGCAGUCCACGCGCCGACACCAUCGCUCGGGGCGCUCGCAUCAUGGCGGCUCCAUGCAGUCCUCCUCGAAUGAUUUCCCCAUCUUCACCUAUACCGGCGACACCGAGAUCGUCAUUCGCGCCGGCGCAGAGGAACGCCGCUAUCUCCUCCACCGUUUGAUUUUGGCACAAUGCUCGGGUUUCUUCGAGGCAAGCACAAAUGAGGACUGGUCGGGUCAGACGGCUCCGCCGCGGGUGCCGGCAAAGGCAGACGGGUCGUUGUCACGCGUGAGCGAGGAUUCCUUGUCGAAUGGGUCAACACUAGUGCAAGGAGAUCAUGGGAAGGUCACGGCGCGUGUGGUCGAUAAGCGGCGAUGGAGAUAUGAGCUGGAUUGGGAGACUCGUGGGAAGGAUGAAGAGCCAAUUCUCGUUCAAAAGCAACCCUCCUACGCUCCAAUGUUUGGCGGCGACCAACCUGCAUUUUCCCCGACAUCGACCAAACCGUCUAGCGCACAGGCAGGAUACUUUCGUUCCAUGGCCAACCUGGCUGGAAUGCAAUCGGUAGUGCAUCUACCGCAGACAGUUAGUAGUAACCACAGCUCCAUGGAUCCGUUGAUACGCGACUACGACAACCUUUUCCGCUUGUUCUAUAAUCACCCACCCGCGUUGAAUAGCGUCAAUAUUGCCUCGGCCUACACGGAGUGCAAGUCUCUCCUCGCAUUGGCAGACAUGUACGACGCACUCCCCGUGACUGGCCCGCGAGUCGACCACCAUUUGCUGGGAUUCGGCUCGCGCCUGUUCAAGCAAAUCGCCAAAUACCCACCCAGCUACCUCAAGCUGGGAUAUCUGGCACGUAGCCGGGUCAUCUUCACCGAGGCGUUGAUUCACGUUGUGGGACAAUGGCCCGCAGCCCUGCCAAACCUACGCAAUGGCUCCUACGCCCCAUUGCCCAACUCCGUCCUCGACUUGAUCGAGGACAAAUUUGAGGAUCUUGAAGACCUCAAGGCCCGCGUCGAGUCCAAGCUCUUCCGUCUUACUCUCACAACCUCCCGCGGUGAACGCGUUGGGCCGUCAAAUGCGUACCUGGACUGGCUCGCUGUCUCCCUCUUCCGCCAGUGGCUCAUUGAAAACAUUACUCCCCCACCAGCACCGAUUCUCAAGAAUCCAUCCAGCACCCACCACACCGCUCCUCCGCCUCCAGCUGUUGCAGGCUCUCAAACAACCUCUACCAAACCUACCGCCCCACCUGACCCAACCGCUCGCGUAUACAGAUUGAUCGGUUCCCCGUCAUCACAGGCAUACCUCGCCCACGACGAAGUCAAACGCUUCCUCAAACUUCACCCAACACCAUCCUCCGACGCCCUGUACACGCGUGAAACCCUGAAACGCUUCGAGCGCAAGAUGGACGAGAUCAAGCGGCUGGCCCGCGAAAUCGUCAAACCAUUGAUGCGCAACUUCCUUGAGCUAGAGCUGAAGAGCAGCACCGAGCAGACUACCGGCACUGCCGGCCCUCACGACACCAGUCCAUCUACUGGCCUCCCAUAUCUAACCUGCACUCGCGUAGAAGAGGCCGAUCUACCUUGGGACCUUUGA